AAACAAAAAAAGGGGGGGAGGGGGGGGGAUUCUUCUCUCCUACCGGACCGUACCUUGCUGGCAAAGGGAGGAUCUGAGCCAUGUUGCCCGGCUGGCUGGCGAGAGUUUGUUUCUUCUCUUCUGUGACACUGUGGCACAUUCCCGUAUCAACAGCCCUGUCCUACACCGUCGUCCCUCGCAAUGUGAGCCAGGACGUUGGCAAGGCCGCCACCUUCCUGUGCGGGGUCUCCCCGGAGACGGCCGCAACGAGGGUCGACUUCACCAUCUACCGUCGGCAUGGCAACUACAGCGUGCUAUGCCCGGGAGAGCCCCUCUCGCUGCCCUCCCAGGGCCUGAAUGGAUACUGCGAGGUUAAAGGCGAAGAGCUGCGUGCGGUGUGGAGCGUCGCCUACAACAGCCGGAAGGAUAACGGCACGUACGUCGCGUGUCGGCCCACGGGACUGAGUCCGGCUUUUGCCUACCUCACCGUGAAAGAGAACAGCAGCUACUUCGCCGCCCUCAUCGGCUGCGUCAUCGGCGGCUUCGUGGGGAUCCUCGCCGUCUUCGGUCUGGUGUACCUGGGAAUGAGGCGCUCCGAGAGGUUCCGGAAGUGUCUCAAAGGACAAACGUCUCAAGAUGACUUAUCUACAAUUACCGAGCAGUAACAGCCAGCACCACAGUCAACUUUUUUAAAUAAUUCUAUGUUUUCUGUUUGUAUGCCCUGUAAAAAGUGUACUAAAUAAUUCAAGUGUAAUUCAAUAAUUCAUACUACAUAACAUACAUAAUUUACCUGUCAAAGAUGGCACAUGCUUCAAGCAUCAAACUUCCUUUUUAUCUUCUCAUAAUCAUACCGCUUUACAUCUAGGAGGCGGGAGGCUGAGAACGUACGUACAUAAAUUGGGCUUUGGAGAGUAAGAGAAAACGGGGGCUGCAUUUUUGCCCCGAAAAAAAAGAACACUAACAAUGUGUUUCAAAGGCAAAGUAAAUGGGUGAAUGCGUCAGGAAGUACAAGUCAACACAAUGGCCGCUGACAUUUGCGCAUGAACAGAUUCUGUUAGUUACAACAUUAUUCCAGCAGAUGUCGCCACUUGCAUUCGCAGAUGUAAGAUGGCGCAGAUGUUUUUUUUUUUUUUACGGUUACAUUUCUGAAAAGAUUAGUCUUACAUUUUGUGUAUAUUUCUGUGGCAUUGUUUAAGCUGUCAGGUGAAAAAAAAUUGUGUGUGAAGAAUCAUAUUUGAUUUAAGAAUGUCACUUUCCUCACAUGUUUACAGUUCAUUUAUUAAAUGAAAUGAAGUUCCACAACGAACAUUGUAGAUACGUGUCAUGCAAUCACAAUGUAAAUACUGAACUGAUACGCUGUUGAGUGUACAAGCUCUCAGAGAGUCUGUUACAGUGGCGUUUGACUCACAUAAUGGAAAAAAAUAAAGCAAUAUUUUCACA